AUGCCUGUGACACGUCGAUCGGCACGUCUCGCUCAUGCGAGUUCCAGUCCGGUCUCCUCUCCAGUCCCGACAGGUUCUAAGCGCAAGGCUACAGCAUCUCCGGAGCAAAAAACCUCACGAAAGUCCAAAAAGUCCCAAAGGACUCUUGAAGAGACCAUUUCUCCAGAUGAUAAACAACGAGAUGUUGAUAUGGAGACGGAAGAAGCGGGAGACGCAGAUGUUUCAAGCGAGAAAAAAUCAAAUGAAGAUCAAGAAAAGCACGAAGACAAUGUCUCGGAAACCAAACGCAGAAGUUCGAGUAACAAGAGGUCUGAAGGCCAUGCUGAUCUCGCGAAGGGUGCUGAGUUUCGAGAUACUGAGAACAGAGACGCAUCCGGAGACGAGACGAGCAGCGAGGCCUCAGUGUCCGAAGGAAAUGAGACGAAGGCGGCAUCCAAGAGCUCUAAAAACGGCGUUUCUGGUGGCUCAAGGGGCCCAAGCACGAAGGCAUCCGCGAAUGCGCAUGGUCGCCAGUCAGGGGAGGAAGGGGAGAAAACCGGACCUGCGGAGAACAGAGGACCAGAAGUUGACCGGCCUGGUGAUACUGGGUCUCUAGUGGAAGAUAGCACGGCUCGUUCUAAAACGAUCGCAUCCAACAUCAUUGAAAAGGGAAUCAUCUACUUUUUCAUUCGCGGUCGUGUCAAUGUCGACGAGCCAGAAGGCGUACAGGACUUGCAGCGUACCUACUUUGUCCUCCGGCCCAUACCCACUGGUGCAAAACUUGGCUCCGGUCCUAUCGAUGACCGGAGGUGCAAUCGGCUGCUUGCACUGCCGAAGAAGGUGUUCCCCAGAGGCGGCAAGGAUCGAUACAUGGUCUUUGUGGAGAAGGCAAAGGCGUCCAUGAGUGAGCUCAAAGAGCAGUUCUUCCAGGGCUCGGAUUACGAGACGAAAGCUGGCGAGAGUCGCCAUACGCCCAACGUGGUUCCAGCGGGUGAAGGUGUUUAUGCAAUUACGGACAGCGGCCGUAGCAGUCACCUCGUAUACGUGCUCACCGUUCCGACCAGUGCUGGACAGCUACAAGACGAACUGGGGAUUCGCUCCCAAGGGUCCUUUGUGCUCUCUCUCAAGAAUCCCAAGAACAAAGGAUCAGCGAACGCACAGCUUCCCGAAUCGCCGGACUUUCCUCAGUCCAUCAUGGAUGAUUUCAAGGGGUUGGCAUGGAUGCCAGUGCGCAAACCAGAAUACUUGGACUAUCCCAACGCACAACUGCUGCUUAUAGGGGAGGGUCAUGACAAGCUCGACAAGGCAGUCGAAGGGUCAGAAAGGGAAACAGGCAAGGAGAGCCUGGGACAGGAGCUGGAGAAGUUGGAGAAUGAGGAUCAAAUUCGAGUCGAUCGUUUGGACGGCGAAGACGCUGUGUUCAAAGAUUUGCACGUGGGGAAGGAGCAGUAUUCAGCGGUCAAAACGACGUGGUAG